UCUAUCUUGUGUACCUUUACCCAAUCUAACACCUCUUUACAUCUUGACAGCUUCCAUUAACCCUCCUAUCCUUACCUUGAAAUCAACCUAUUCUCUUCCAAUCAUUCUACCCUUCUUUAGAAUUUUUAUACCACAACUCACAAACUGAAAACUGAUCCCAAAUCCUUAUUCCUAGACCUUCCGUAGAUUUACAUUUUUUUCAUUAUACAUCGCAAAAACUAUGAAUAAUGGACAUUUUACUGUGUUUUAUUUGGUUUCUGAAUUGUUUUUCACUGGAAUAACACUGAGACUGUUCUGUAACAACUGGGGCUUGUUCUUGAGGUGUACGGUAAACCAGACAGACUCCAUCUUUUCGCCAGAUUUCGGCCAAAUUUGAUUUUCAUUUGGAGCUUGUCCGUAAAGUAAGAAAAUAUGGCGGCUUACAAUCCCAACGAUGAACACAUGAAGUAUCUUGCUGUCGACAGGAAAGCUCUGUUGAAAGAGCAGGCUGCCUUCGACGGCAAAAAGAUGUGCUGGAUCCCCGAUACUAAGGAAGGAUUUCUGAAGGCUGAAAUCCAGUCUACCAAAGGAGAGGAAAUUACUGUCAAGACAAUCGAUGGUCAAGAGAACAGAACAGUAAAGAAAGAUGAUAUUCAGCAAAUGAAUCCUCCCAAAUACGAGAAAAUCGAGGACAUGGCCAACAUGACCUAUCUUAACGAGGCCUCGGUAUUGCACAACCUGAGGUCCCGGUACAAGUCUAUGUUGAUCUACACCUAUUCAGGACUUUUUUGUGUGGCCGUCAAUCCUUACAAGCGUCUCCCCAUUUACGGCCAGGUUCUUGUAGACAUAUACAGAGGCAAGAGAAAGACCGAAAUGCCUCCCCAUUUGUAUUCCGUGGCCGAUAACGCUUAUCAGUUCAUGGUACAAGAUCGUGAAAAUCAGUCCAUGUUGAUUACUGGUGAGUCUGGAGCCGGAAAGACUGAAAACACCAAAAAGGUCAUUCAGUACUUUGCUCUUGUGGCAGCUGGACAAGCAAAGAAGGAAGAGGAAGAGAAACCAAAAGAGAAAAAGGGAAGCUUGGAGGAUCAGAUUGUGCAGGCUAACCCGGUACUUGAGGCUUACGGAAAUGCCAAGACCGUCCGUAACAACAACUCCUCCCGUUUUGGAAAAUUCGUUCGUAUCCAUUUCGGUCCCACAGGAAAAAUUGCAGGAGCCGACAUUGAAACUUACCUGCUUGAGAAAUCUCGCGUGACCUACCAGCAAACUGUAGAGCGAAACUACCACAUCUUCUACCAGCUCCUGUCUAAUGCCAUUCCUGAUCUCAAUGAAAAAAUGUUGGUCAGCCCCGAUCCUGCUCUCUAUUCAUUUAUCAACCAAGGGGCCUUAAGUGUUGAUGGCAUUGAUGAUGUCGAAGAAAUGAAAAUAACUGAUGAAGCUUUUGAUGUUCUUGGCUUCACCAGCGAAGAAAAGCUCAGUAUGUAUAAAUGCACUGCCUCUAUCAUGCAUAUGGGUGAAAUGACAUUCAAGCAGAAGGGUGAACAGGCUGAAGUUGAUGGAACUGCCGAACCUGAAAAGGUCGCCUUCUUGUUGGGUAUCAACGCUGGUGACUUCUUGAAAUGCUUGCUCAAACCCAAAGUCAAAGUCGGAACCGAGUUCGUCAUUAAGGGUCAGAAUAAAACGCAAGUCGUCAACUCCAUUGGUGCCUUGGCUAAAUCUCUGUAUGACCGUAUGUUCAAUUGGCUGGUCAAAAGAGUCAACAAAACCCUUGAUACCAAAGCCAAGAGAAACUAUUACAUUGGUGUAUUGGACAUUGCUGGUUUCGAAAUUUUUGAGUUCAACAGCUUCGAGCAGCUAUGCAUCAACUACACCAAUGAAAGACUUCAACAGUUUUUCAAUCACCACAUGUUUGUCCUGGAGCAGGAGGAGUACAAGAAGGAAGGUAUCCAGUGGGAAUUUAUUGACUUUGGUAUGGAUUUGGCUGCCUGUAUCGAGCUCAUUGAAAGGCCUAUGGGAAUCUUGUCCAUUCUGGAAGAAGAAUGCAUGUUCCCCAAAGCCGAUGACAAGUCAUUCAAGGAUAAACUGUACUCGAAUCACAUGGGCAAAUCACCCAAUUUUGGAAAACCAGGAAAGUCUCCAAGACCUGGUAUCCCAGCUCCCGAUUUCUCAUUGGGUCAUUAUGCUGGUGCUGUGGGUUAUAACAUCAGUAACUGGUUAGAAAAGAAUAAGGACCCUAUCAACGAGAACGUAGUAACGCUCCUGUCUGGCUCAAAGGAACACCUUGUGAAGGAACUCUUCCAGGCACCUCCAGUAGAAGAGGGUGGCGGCAAGAAAAAGAAGAAGUCUUCUGCUUUCCAGACUAUCUCUGCUGUUCACAGGGAAUCUUUGAACAAACUGAUGAAGAAUUUGUACAGCACCCAUCCUCACUUCGUGCGUUGCAUCAUUCCCAACGAGUUGAAGCAGUCUGGAAUGAUCGAUGCCAGUCUUGUGCUCAACCAGCUGCAGUGUAACGGUGUACUCGAGGGUAUUAGAAUUUGUCGUAAAGGAUUCCCCAGCAGAGUCAUCUACUCUGAAUUUAAACAGAGAUACUCCAUCUUGGCUCCCAAUGCCGUUCCACAAGGUUUUGUUGACGGCAAAGUCGUAUCCGAGAAAGUCCUGCUCGGUCUGCAGCUUGAUCCUGCAGAGUACCGUCUAGGUAACACCAAGGUAUUCUUCAAAGCUGGUGUACUGGGUAUGCUUGAAGAAAUGCGUGAUGAGCGUCUUUCUGCCAUUGUAUCAGGAUUUCAGGCUAACAUUAGAGGUUAUCUGAUGCGCAAACAGUACAAGAGAUUGCAGGACCAAAGAACUGCUCUUGCUAUGAUCCAGAGAAACAUUCGUAAAUGGCUUGUAUUAAGAAACUGGCAAUGGUGGAAAUUGUAUGCCAAGGUCAAGCCCAUGCUGAACGUUGCCCGUGCUGAGGACGAGAUGAAGAAGAAACUGGAAGAGAUGCACAAGAUGGAAGAGGAACUGAAAAAAGUGUCUGAUGUUAAAAAGUUACUCGAGGAGCAAAAUGUUGAUCUAGUGGAGCAGAAGAACAGAAUCUACAUCGAGCUUCAAGCAGAACAGGACAGAGUAGCUGAAUUCGAAGAAAGAAUUGAAAAAUUUAUCACAGAAAAGGCUGAUUUUGAAAGUCAGAUGAAGGAGUAUGAGGAGCGUCUUCUAGAUGAGGAAGACGCUGCCGCUGAGCUUGAAGGUCUUAAGAAAAAGAUGGAGGGUGAGAACGAUGAGUUGAAAAAAGACAUUGAAGAUCUUGAGAACACACUUGCUAAGGCCGAACAAGAGAAAACAACUAAAGACAAUCAGAUUAAGACUCUUCAGGAUGAAAUGCAACAACAGGAUGAUCAUAUUGCCAAACUCAACAAAGAAAAGAAGGCUAUGGAUGAGACUCACAAGAAAACUCUUGCAGAUUUGCAGGCAGAGGAAGACAAAUGUAAUCACCUCAAUAAACUCAAACAAAAACUUGAGCAAACUCUGGAUGAGAUGGAAGAUAACUUGGAACGGGAGAAGAAAAUCCGUGGUGACGUUGAAAAGGUUAAACGCAAGCUUGAACAGGACCUAAAGUCUACACAAGGUGCUGUUGAGGACCUUGAGCGUGUCAAAAGGGAAUUGGAAGACGCCGGCAAGAAAAAGGAUAACGAGAUCAGCAGCCUCAACUCCCGUCUUGAAGAUGAACAAGGUGUUAACGCCGGUCUUCAGCGCAAGAUCAAGGAGUUGAAUGCAAGAAUCGAAGAACUUGAGGAGGAACUUGAAGCUGAGCGUGCAGCUAGAACUAAGGUCGAGAAACAGCGCUUGGAGCUAAGUCGCGAGUUGGACGAAUUAAGCGAGCGUUUGGAUGAGGCCGGUGGAGCAACUGCAGCUCAGAUUGACCUAAACAAGAAGAGAGAACAAGAAUUGUUGAAACUGCGUCGUGACUUGGAGGAGCAAACUUUGUCUGGCGAGGCCCAGGUUGCAUCUCUUCGUAAGAAGCAGCAAGACAUGGCCAACGAAAUGGCUGACCAAAUUGAUCAGCUAAACAAGGCCAAAGCCAAAGCCCUUAAAGAUGCAGCACAAAUGAAGGUUGAACUCGACGACCUUCAUUCACAGAUUGCAAUUGUCACCAAAAAUAAGCAAUCCGCCGAAAAAGUCUCCAAACAAAUUGAAAGCCAACUCUCUGAGGCCAAUGCCAGAAUUGAGGAGGCUAACAGAAAUGUUGUUGACCUCAACUCCGCCAGGUCCAGGUUGCAGAGCGAAGCAUCCGAUCUUACUCGCCAGUUGGAGGAUGCUGAGAGCCGUAUUGGUCAAUUGACAAAGGAGAAAUCUUCACUUGCAUCACAGUUAGAAGAAGCUAAACGCUCUGUUGAGGAAGAAUCCAGAAUUCGACAGAAAAUGCAGUCCGAAAACCGCAACCUCAAUGCCGACCUUGACUCUCUCCGAGAACAGUUUGAGGAGGAACAAGAAUCCAAGGCUGAUGUCCAGCGUCAGCUCAGCAAGUCUAACAAUGAGGUACAGAUGUGGCGCUCCAAAUGCGAGAGCGGUGGUGGAGCCAGUACCGAGGCUGUUGAGGAAAUGAGACGCCGUAUGCAGGCCAAAAUCAAUGAGGCUGACCAAAAUCUGGAGGCAGCAAAUGCUAAGAUCAGUCAGCUCGAGAAGGUGAAACUGCGCAUGUCACAGGAAAUGGAAGACCUUGUCAUCGAAGUAGAAAGAGCAAAUUCCAACGCCAAUAACUUGGAGAAGAAACAGAGAGCCUUUGAUAAGACCAUCCAGGAGUGGCAGAGCAAGGUCAAGAGCUUGGAAAUUGAUAUCGACACCGCUCACAAAGAAACCCGCAGCUUCUCUGCUGAAUCCUUCAGACUUAAGGCACAAUUUGAGGAAGCCCAUGACUCCAUUGAAUCUCUCAGACGCGAAAACAAAAACCUCGCUGAUGAGAUUCAUGAACUUACUGACCAACUCAGCGAGGGUGGAAGAAGUGUACACGAGGUAGAGAAGGCUAAACGCCGUCUAGAGAUGGAGAAGGAAGAACUCCAGGCUGCUCUGGAAGAAGCUGAGAGCUCACUUGAGCAGGAAGAAGCUAAGGUCAUGCGUGCUCAACUUGAGAUUGCCACUGUCAGAACUGAAAUUGACCGACGUCUCCAAGAGAAAGAGGAGGAAUUUGAUAACACCAGACGCAACCACCAACGUGCCCUUGAUUCUAUGCAGGCCAGUCUUGAAGCUGAAGCUAAAGGCAAGGCCGAAGCCAUGAGAAUCAGAAAGAAACUUGAGCAAGACAUCAACGAGCUGGAGGUCGCCCUUGAUGCCACUAACCGUGCUAAGGCUGAUCUUGAGAAAAACGUGAAGCGCUAUCAGCAACAGAUUAGAGAAAUGCAAGUUAGCAUUGAAAAUGAGCAGCGUUCCCAGAGCGAAGCACGUGAAGCCUACGCCAUGUCUGAGCGCCGCUGCAUGAUUCUGCAGGGUGAGGUAGAGGAGAUGCGCACCUCCAUUGAAUCUGCUGAGAGACUUAGAAAAUCUGCCGAAAACGAGCUCCACGAGGCUAAUGACCGUGUCAACGAGCUUGCUGUUCAGGUCACAUCUAUACAGGCACAGAAGAGGAAGAUGGAGGGAGACGUACAGGCCAUGCAGACCGACCUUGAGGAGAUGAACAGUGAAAUCAGAGCUGCCGACGACAAGGCCAAGAAAUCCAUCGCCGAAGCCAAUCAUCUUGCGGAGGAACUCCGCGCUGAGCAAGAACACAGCGCUCAGAUUGAGAAAUUCCGCAAGGGACUUGAAAGCCAGAUAAAGGAGCUCCAGGUCCGCUUAGAUGAGGCAGAGGCAUCCGCCCUCAAGGGAGGCAAGAAAAUGAUUGCCAAACUUGAAAACAGAGUGAGAGAACUCGAGAGUGAAUUGGACAGCGAACAACGCCGCCAUGCUGAGACCCAGAAGAAUGCUCGCAAGGCUGACCGCCGCCUCAAGGAACUUGCCUUCCAAGCUGACGAGGACAAAAAGAACCAGGAGCGCCUCCAGGAACUUAUUGAGAAACUGCAGUCCAAGGUCAUCACCUACAAACGCCAAGUUGAGGAAGCUGAGGAAAUUGCCGCUAUUAAUUUGGCUAAAUAUCGCAAAGUGCAGCACGAAUUGGAGGACGCCGAAGAACGCGCUGAUACUGCAGAGAACUCCAUGUCCAAAUUGCGCGCCAAGAGCCGUAGUUCUACGUCUGUGCAGAGGACAACCGUUUCUUCUAAAUCAAUUUCCAGACUCGAAUAAGUGAAUCUAGAACAUUACAUGACUCUCAGUGAAAGCCCCCAAACCAAACCUGUUCAAUGAGGAAUAAUCUGGAAUUAGUACAGCUCUUUCUCUGAACACAGACAUGUUCUGUAAGGAACUAUGAAAAUUCGCCACCAACGAAUUGAUGCAUUGUUUGUGAUUUAGACUAUUUAACUAUGUAUUGUGUGUUAUUUGUUAAUUGAUUGUUCUCUCAUUGGACCACCAUCAUCAAAACGGAAUAAUAGCCAUCGAUGCUGAUUGUUCUGUUUUGUGAUACUUACAGUAAAUAAAUUAUUGUAUUGUAUCUGUAAAAA